UCCCUUGGUCGCCUCCUCUCUGAGCUGGAAAGCUGCCGCGAUUACAAUAGCAGUGAUUUACGGAUCAAGCAGGCUGCUUCUCAGCGCGACUUGGUGACCUGAUGCGGACUUAUUUACUGUGGAGUGGACCGAUAUUGAACAAUCUAAAGCUGUAAAUCUACCUUUAGACUGUGUCUGGAGAUGCCAACGAAAUAAUACCAAAAGGCUGCGCAAUAAUAGUAUGUUUUUAAAUCGGAAAGAGCUAGAUGAAUUUACAAGUGACAGGCUUCUCGUGGAAAUUCGACGCAGGAAAACUGCACCAGGACUAACUCCAGCUAAUGUUUAUUCUGGAAAUAAUUAAAUUUCACUGGCUGCUGCACUGGAACAGAAACUCUAAAUCUUACAUAACGCGGCUUUGUGUGGAGAUCGUCAAGAUGAUUUGAUCAUAUUGGCUACAUCAAUCAAUUGACACAUUUCACCAAUACUGGACUUUCUGGAUUCAGAGGACUGGGAAGAAAAGGAUCUGGACUGACACCCGAAAAGCGCAAUACAGCUUUCCUCACUGCUAAAUAAGACCCGAAUGUAACAAAGAGAACUUGCCGACUUGCUUGACCCGAUUUAGCAGGUUGCGUUUGGGUUGUCUUUCGCAUUCAGCAGAAGACUUUCUGCAAGGCUGACAUAGAAAGACUUGGAAAAUAAACAAGCAAUAAACAUAUAGGCUAAGAAUCAUUCUCAUAUUUAACCGUUACAUUUAUUUGAAAAUGAAGACAAUGGACUCAGAAAAGCGAGCCUUGUUCUCACCAUGUUAUAAAUAGAUGUUUUAAAUAUUGAAAAUGCAAAAAGACUGUACCACCCACACUCCAAAUGUAAUUCUAAACUUUGCAAAAAAUAUGAAUGACCGAACGCAGUGUGUACCGGAGCUGACAGCUGAAGCGGAGUUUGACUUCCCUGCUCCGUGCGCUGACUCCUCCCAAGUUUCUGAAGCAAAGGAUGGUUUGAGCAAAACUGCAUUGCUGAAUCGUACAGAAACUCUGUCACACUCGGGAAAUUCUGCAGAAAAUGAGGUUUGGCAUUUGGAAAGUAAGGCUACUCGAGAGGGUAAACAGCACGUGGACGCGACAGACUCUGUGACGAAGGGGCGCCGCAACUAUUUUGGCACCAAUGACUAUGCACAAGAGACGGGGGGAGGCGAUACAGUAAUUGUCAAUGCAGAUGACAUACAUAUAGCAACGGAUAAAUGGGUUCGUGAAAAUGUCCAACAACCAAGUACUUUCCAGUUGCUAACAGUUGACCAGACCACAGCACAAAACAACUCAAUUGACAAGAGAGUGACGAAGCAGAUCAACGGUGCGCACGAGAACGUUUCAUGCAGUCUGGGCUCUGCCCUCUGCAUUUCCGACGAAUCCAAAGAGGAAAGGCAAUCGGAAAGCGCAUUUUCCGUAUACAAAGAGAGCCAAAUAGUGAGAAGUCAGUGUCAGAUUAAUACUGCCUCUUCCGCCUAUUCCGUGUUGGCGGAGGAGGGGACCGCUGCGCCUGUCACUUAUUGUAUCUCCACGGGACCGCAGCCAACACAUGAGCUCGGUCAUUUAGUCAGUGCGGGACACACAUCACAGCCGAGGGAUUACGGCACGAACACAGCACUGGGAAAUUCAAGACUGCAGUGGAUGCAAGGACGGAGAGACGGUGGAAACGGACUGCGAACUAUAUGUUCUUUGAAAGAGGACCCAGAUAUAGUAAUUGAAGUAUCUGGAAAGAAAAUCCAAGCGCACAAAUCCGUUUUAGCUGAGAAAAGUGACUAUUUCAAGGCGCGACAAUCUAGAGACAUUCUAAAGGUUAAAGGGGUAAGUUACCAUACCUUAACUGUUCUGGUAGAUUAUAUUUAUUCGUCUAGAAUGCAGGUGGACAAGCAGAAUGUUGUAGAGGUCAUCACUGGAGCUAAAAUUUUACAAAUCCCGUGCGCAGUUCAAGCUGCAAUGGAUACAAUGUCGGAUCAGAUCACAGCCGAAAACUGCUAUGAGAUUUUGACUAUAGCUAAAAAGCAGAGGCUAAGUGAACUGAAAGAGACAGCUUAUAAAUUCAUGAGCGACAACUUUUUGCAGAUAUUAAAGGAUCCUGCAGUAUACGGCCGUUUGACGGGAGCGGAGAGAGAUCUCAUUGUUAAACGUAGAAUGGAAGGCAAGAAGUCUUUGAUGGCAGCGGAAAUACACGACGCUAAUGUCCGCGUUGGAAGCAGACCUCCGAGUCGAGACAGUAGUCGCCCUCAGAGUCCCUUAUCAUUCGCUCCUAUCGAAGAAAACCACAUGAUCUAUUAUUACAACGAGUCUAAAAAAGAAUGGAAAUCACUGACUCGGAUGCCGGAUGAGGUAAACACAAAGGGGUGUGGGAUAUGCACCAUGUACAAUUACCUAUUCGUAGCAGGUGGAAUAAGGGGAUAUGGCGACAAAUGUAAGCUCUCAGACAAGGUAUUCUGCUACAACCCAGUCACAGAUAACUGGAGCGAAAUUCGACCACUGAACCAACCACGGUCACAACUGAAGCUGGUUUCCAUGGAAGGAUAUCUCUACGCGAUUGGAGGGGAGUGUCUCUUCACUGUGGAGAAAUACGACCCUAGGAUGGACAGAUGGACCACCGUGGCCCCUCUUCCUAAAGGGGCGUUUGCUGUUGCCCACGAAGCGACAAUCUGUAAUGGAGAACUAUACGUGUCCGGAGGCUCUCUCUUUUAUCGCCUACUCAAGUAUGACCCAAAGAGAGACGAGUGGCAAGAAUGCCCUUAUAACAACAGCAGGAAGAAAUCCACUGACAUGGUGGCGUUUAAAAAUUUCAUCUACAGGUUUGACGUUAACCGUGACCAGGGUGUCAGUGUGUUUAAAUAUAAUACCGUUGUAAAAAUGUGGCACGACAGCGCGUCUCUGCAACAGACCAAUCCUUUGCCUUUUAGAUGCGCCGUUAUUGGCAACAACAUUUACUGUGUGAACAAAUCCCAGAUCCUACAUUUCAUUGUGGAGGAGGAAAACGCACGAUUUGGAUCAGAACCCCUAAAAGCCCCAUUCGAGGCAAAAGGCGUCCUCUUUCCCUUCGUACUGAGCGUGCCCGAGAAGGCGGAGGCAAGCGCAUAAAGAAGUUUGGAGCUUUCAGUUUCUUCACACAAUUCCUACGAAGUUUCGCGGAGAGACAAAUGAAAGCGAAGACUUGCUAACUGGUGUAAUCGUUACGGUAUAGGCAUAUGUAUCUCAGAACUUUUAAGUUUCCCAUUCGACUGAUCGAAAAUUAAAUGUUUGUUGCAUGGUUAUCAAGAUUAUCACGCAGGACAUACCUUUAAAAAUACAACUGUGACAUCACGUAAAGAGCAUGACAAAGGCCAGUCUUUAUGCAAGAAGUUAGAUUGAGAAUACAUGCAACAUACGGUUUAUUUGUAUAUGUUUAUGUCUUUUUAUAAUUGCGGUUGUUUUGGAUAGAUCCUGUUUUCAACAAAAUGUUAUCAAAGGAUUCGUGUCAGAAGAACUGCCAUUCAGUAAUAUCCGCAGAAAUAUGCUGCUUUACAACACCACAAAAGCUAUGCAGAACAUCAGUACCACUUACAAAAUCAAUAUUCAAAAUUUAUAUUUGGAAAAAACGCAUUCGUCAACAUGCUGUCACUUAUGGAACCAAUCCCUUAAUACCGCCUUAAUACCAACAUUAAGUACCGUUCUAUUUUUUUAUUUAUUUCACUGUUGUGAAACAGAUGGGUAACAUCUUGAACUAAUUUAUUAAGUUUUUAUGCACAUAAUUUGUGGAACUAAGUCAUUACGUGAUGCACACCAUAAAACAACACGUAAUGGCUUUGUUAUGCCUUAGAGACAAACUGAAAUGUAGGCCAACAAUCUGGAAAACAGUCCUAAUAGGCAUGCUUCUUUCUGGCCUGACACAAUUCCCUAACAACAGACAUUGGUAUGAGAAAACUCAAAAAAGGGGUGAAUGGGUGAGUGGGCUAUUGGAAAUCGUGGUUUCUCCAUUUCAGGAGAGGGCUUAUUCUGCUGUAGUUUACAAAGGGCAGAAAAGAUGCCGACAGAAUCAUUGAUUAAUGGCCGGAGCGCCCUUGUACCUCAGUCAGCCCUGUCUGGAAAAUGAGCCAGAAAUUAACACCUGGCUGUUAAAAGCCCUGUACGUGCUCCGUCCGUGUAUCUGAUGAGGUCUGGCUCUCCAAGGUGCUGACAGCAUCGUGAUACUCUAUAUGCUUCAAACAUUUCUAUGCUGGUUUCAGCAUCGCCACUCUUCCUCUCUGAUACGGAGACACACCCUUCCUCCGGGCUGUGGUGAAAUCUUGAGCAAUAUGAUUAAUCAAUCCAUCAUAAUUGCUGUGGAAAUGACAGUUCCAACGGUUACUGUCAUUGUGCAACUUCCUAAUUUUGUAAGCCAAAAAAUAAGUGCUUAUACAUGUUUGCCAUCGCCCUCUCCACUGCAUUGUGCUUUUAGUCCAGCUGAAAAGAUCGGAGUUAGAAUAUCAUUCAUAUACACUCAGUGAGCAAUUUAUUAGGUAAACCUGUACCCCAGCUUGUUAAUGCAAAUAUUUAGUCAGCCAAUCAUGUGGCUGCAACUAAAUGCAUAAAAGCAUGCAGACAUGGUCAAGAGAUCCAGCUGUUGUUCAGACGAAAUGUCAGAAUGGGGAAGAAAUGUGAUCUAAGUGACUUUGAUCAUGGAAUGAUUGUUGGUACCAGACAGGGUGGUUUGAGUAUCUCAGAAACUGCUGAUCUCCUGAGAUUUUCACACACAACAGUUUCUAUAGUUUGCAGAGAAUGGUGAGAAAAUCAAAAAGCAUCCAGUGAGCAUCAGUUCUGCUGGCAAAAACGCAUUGUUAAUCAGAGUGGUCAUAGGAAAAGGGGCAGACUGGUUGAAGCUGACAGGAAGGUGACAAUAACCACGCAUUACAACAGUGGCAUGCAAAAGAGCAUCUCUUAACACACAACGCAUAAAACCUUUAAGUGGAUAGGCUACAGCAGCAGAAGACUAAUAAGUCUAAAAACCAAUUCUAAUAAAUACCUAAUAAAGUGUUCACUAGGUGUAUAUACAGCAUUUCUGUCCACCUCAGCCCAUUAGCACCAUUUACCAGCUUCUGUUUUAUUGGUUUGGCGCUAGCAUUUGGGACUGUGUGACUAUCAUACAGUAGCUCCACUCUCUGACACCUUAUACCAGAGCUGUCUAACCAUCUCUUCCCAGAGAUCCACAGUCUUAAAGGUUUUCAUUUUGACUCUAAUUUGGCUCUACAGAUUCUUCUUAUUAGCAGCCCAAUGUGAUUUGUAACUGUCGAAUGGAGUUUGCUUUGACCUACAGGAAGGUACAGUAUAUCUCCAGGAACAGGGUUGGGCACGCCCUGCCUUAUGCCAUUGCAGCGUUUACCUGUCUCUGCAGACUUCAAUUGUGUAGCGCAGUUUACUGAGGGAGUAGAAUUGUACCCUGCAGUGACUAAGGGUCAGUCUCAAAGUAAACAACCUUCAAAAAGCUUUUGCUGUGGUUUCUGAGCUGCACUGAUGUGGGACUUACCUCAGAAAAGGUAUAGUUGUUUUUGAGCAGCAGAAUUUCAGAAUGUGCUUUUAUUAAGAGUAUGGUCAUGUUUUAUUAUUCUUGUUUUGUACAGUCAUUUUCAGAAGCUGGGGUUAUACUUAGUGAGUGGAGUCAUCUUAAAUCCUCUCCUCUGUCUUUAUUUUUUCUUUAUGGCAAUAAGUACUAUCACACAUGUGCUAUUUUAGUUUCUAUGAAGUUGGAACAAUAGUCCAUAUAUAGUACAGCCGGGGGAACUGUGCGCGCUGUGUAAUAUUCUGGAUGAACAUUAUGGAAUCGCAGCUUUUCUGACAAUGCAAAUGAGGACAGGUCAUUUAACUGGAUGUAAUUUUGACUCGUUAAACUGUGAGAGUGUUGGGAUUGGGAAUUUUCUGACGCGUAAAUACACGACUUAAAGCUAGUAUCACGCUGUAUAUCAGGAUCUGCGCAGGUCACGGCUAUGUUAAUAAAUGUAUUCAAUAAGAGCUCACUCACUGGUGCAAGGCUUUCAAACUGUUGAAUGGCGUGUUACUGUCGAAAUAAAGUGCUGCAAUAAAAUGGUCAUUAGAGCCCAAACUGCUUCUAGUUGUCCAUUAUGCACUCAGAUAUGUGAGUGGAUGUAUUCUACCCACUGAAAACUGUACAAACUCACUAACAUAACUGAACGGGUAGUCCUUAGUAGGCUUUGUUUUUUUCUGUAUUGUAUAACUGAAUAUGAUUAUUGAUCUCUGGCUUUAGAGGAGUAAUGCGUAAAACAACUACUCCCCUCUGACUAAACUGAAUAUUUGAAUGAUGAUGAGCUAAACACUUUAAAAAGCUUUAUCUGGCAUUAUCGUAGAUUUAUAAACUACAACCUAGAGGCUAGAAACAUGGGAUGAAGUUCCAUAAGUCCCAUAAGGAGGAUUAUCAUAAAUGAUAAAGAUAUCAAAACUGGUUUUGCAAAAGGGGGGAACAUGGGUCACAUUGUUGCAGAACAGAGCCCUCAUUUUGUCAAGGUAAGAGCUAUGAUUGAACAUGUUCCCAGACCAAUUGUCAAUGGAGGUUUUACUGCGCUAGGCAUUUCUCUCUCUGCUAAAUGCGUUGGUGUGAAACCCUCUUGGCUUUCCAAGCUAAACAUUGAGUGCAUUCUUUUACAAUGGGCUCAGUGUGGUUUCUGGGAGUGGGUGGGAGUCAGCUUUGAAAAUGUCUUUCAUAAAGCAAUCUGCUUGCGGAUUGCAAGUUUAUUCGGUCUGCACACCUUAGAAAAGUUGCCCUGCACAGAAAAUUUGAUGUUUGAUGGGAAUCAUUAAGGCAAUUAUUAAUUCUUCAGAAUUGUCAUUACACUUUAUAUUUAUAUUUUCCAAUGGACACAGCAGAAGUUCCGAUCUUUAGUACGUACGUGAUGUACCCCAUGUGAGUUUUCAUAUGAAGAGGCAGGGUUGAUUCAUAUGCAUGUAGAUAAAUGCAUAUAGAGUGCAUAUGCCCUCAAAGAUAGAAAGUUUUAUGAUUUAACAAAUAUGCCUUGACAUUAAACAUAGUAAGAAAAUUUAACACACAUAAAAAAUGCCUCAUCAUGACAGCCUAAACAAUGAUUAAUUAAUGAAUUACUGAUUUAUGAAUUAAAUGAGUGAAGACUUUUCAAAAGCUACAUAAAAAUGCAUGUGAUGUCAAUAUUUUAUGCAAGAGGUGCUGCUUCUAGGAUUCCUGCCAGGCCAUCAUGGGUGGGGAUGAUUUCAUCUUCAAGGACAUUAUAUUUUAUUACAAAGAAGUGAUUUUACCUGUUUGGCCAGACUUUAACCCCCCAAGGCUUUAAGAAAAAAGCUGAGAGUGCUUUCAUAGCCAGACAGAACAGGUUUAAAACAAAGAGCAAAGAACACAACCCAUAUCCACCAGUGUUUUGACAAAGAAACAUAAAUCAAAGUAGCUUACCCAAAUCCAUACUCAUAAGUGCUUCUCAGAAAUUGUGUUUUAUGAAUCAAAUGGUAAUCCAAAAUGUUAUAGGAAGUUUCCAGAGCCACUAUAAUGAGAUCAUGUGGGCAUGGCACUGCCCUGAACACUGUGCUAAGUACAUUAUGCAGAAUUUCCGUCCCUAUGGCUACAGAGCCAGUGUUCUUUCACCUUAAUUCACUGAACUGAGCUUGUGGCAUCCAUCUUAGUUUUAUUAAUGUGUAUUCAGGAAUAAGUGCAUGGAUUCUAUUGCCAGACUGUAGCAGCCUGCUCUCUUAUUCCUAACAGGCAGGGAUGGAGGUUCUCAGGGUGUGAGUAGCAGACCCAUGUACUGCAAACAGGGCAUUUCACCUGUCAUUCAAGGUGCAGUUUUUCAGCUUAUCGAGACCUAUGGUUCCAACUGACAUUUUUGACAAAAAUUUAUGUGUGACGUAUUACAAAAAAAUAAUGUUUAAAAAUAUGAAAGAAAUGCAAAGGUUGUAUCUGCGUGGAUCUUUUCAGCUAAAUAUCUCAAAACCACUCAGAAGUACAUUCUGCAAGCAGCUUAUAGAGCUGAUAUGAAACAACAGCAACAGAAAAAAGUUCAGUAUGGUAAAACCAUAUAUAUAGAUGGGCACAGCAUAAUCUGGCCUGCAUUGCAAUCACAGUGUUAAAGCAGCUUAAAAGAACUUUCCUUUUCCAUAGCAACCACAUCCACUUCCACGUGACCUCAGCCAGUGUGUGUGUGUGUGUGUGUGUGUGUGUGUUGUAUUUCUUGCAUUUGGCAGCCUUGUGUAAAAAUAACAAUGAGCCUAAAAUGAUAAAAGGAGAUGAACAGGAAAUGAAAAAGGAGCAGAGUGACUAUGGAGACAGCCUUCAACCAGUCAAAAAUAACACAUAACUGAACAGACCUGUGCUUCAACAAGGGGAUAGUGUAAUAUAACUAACCAAUUAAUUGAGUUCUGUUAACUAAAUUGUCAAUACAUGGUCAGAAUGUAUUCCACCUAGCUUGUUUUUCUGAUGUGGUGCUAAAUUACAACCUUAUUGCUGUUGCAGAACCUUGGAGCAGGUAGAAAUUAUUCAUAUGAAUACGUUUGGUCAGAUGUGUGAAAGACAUCUUGGAUACAGUCUCGUUAUCAAGCCACCUGUUGCACAAUCAUUUGCCAUCAUAAUAUAUAAUUUACCACAAUAAUAUUGUUUGAUCAUGUUUAAUCAUGUAAUUAUAACAGAAUACUGUACAACUGAACUGUUCUUUUCAUCUCAAUUCACAGCUCCAACCAAAUGGGAAGUAUCUUAUUUCUGUUAAGAAGUAUUGAGGAUUAUAAUGUAUGCCAUAUGACCUUGAUAUGCACUUAUGAUCAUUUUGGAUUAAAGCAUCUCAUUCAUUCA